AUGAUUCUAGAAUCCUAGAAUCAUAUGUAGAUCUAAUAUUAAUAUACAGAGCUGUCCGUGGCCAGCGAUUACGUGACGUCGUUAUAUCGUUGAAAAGAAGCAACAGGGCGAUAGAACGAACUGUCAACAUCCCAAAAGCAGAGAGUAUGCCUUCGAGCCGUCGUCUCGUGUCUUCUACGGGAGUUGGAGCAUGCGGUGCUGCGAACGAUUGAGAGGAUUAACGAGAGAAUCAUCUCACGGAUCUAGCAUAGAUCUCGGUAACAAUUGAAGAGACAUACCUAUGAGGAGAGAUCGUGAUGAGAGACUGAACGAGAUGAUGUCGGUUCUACCAUGCUUCGAGAGGACGGAUGCAGCGAUCGUGUCUCUCGUAUGUUAAGUUUCCAUAAUAAUGGCAGAUAAUGUGCACAGAAAAUCGCACAAGCUGUCGGAUGGUAGUAGCAGCAGGAAGGUAUCGAACCCGGUUCACCGCACCACCACGGAGACGAUCCGUCUGGGUGAGGUGGACAGGCUGCAUCAGCAGCAGGUUACCCUGAUCGCCCCGGGCAACGUGCAAGCGGGAACGAUCGGCGGGAGUCAGUGCAAUCGGAAGAAAACGUCGUCCUUUCAGAUCACCAGCGUCACCGUAGGCUGCCGCAUGAGCAAUGACGCCGGCGAGGAUUCCAACGACGACCUGGACGAGUCGCACACGGAGGACAAUUCCGUGGAGCACUCGCGCAUCACCGACCUCGACAUCGAGACGCCGAGCUACUCCGAGGACACGUUCUCCAAGGAGGACGUCUUCUUCAACACGAGCCACGCCGCCCUCAGCACGGCACCGGUGAUCCCCACCAGCUCGCAAUACGGCCUGGCGAUCGUACCCUCCGAGGGUAGCAACGUCAGUAAUUCGGUUAACGAUAGCAAUAUCAAUACUCUGGAUAUAACAUCUGUCACUGACAACAACAUAAUCAAUCUACUGUCGAGUAAUGUUAAGCAGGACUCUGAUCUGCGAGAAGUUCACUCCCAUGGUAGGAACGAGAGAUUCAAAGUGGUCAAGAUUGAAAGUACGGAGCCGUUCAAGAGAGGACGGUGGACCUGCAUGGAUUACUUGGAUCAUACGUCUGUCAAUCAACCGACAGCUAUCGGUACUCCCAAGGUGUCCGAUCCAAACGAGGUGUGCAUAUCUUAUGGAGUGACCGAUAGCGGAGUUGUUGUCCCGGACGCUGCGAAACAAUCCGUAGUGACCGACGAUAAAGGAAUUAAUAUUGACACUAAUGGACCGGUAUCGUCUCACCCGGACAAAGUGCAUUCAUCGAUCGCUGUUUCGAGUAAUCCUGCACAAUCGGUUUCGAGUGCAAAUUAUGCAGUAAAUAAUUCAAUACCUCCCAAUGUACAGCAUAAUCCUACGCAAACCCAAGCUAAAGUGCAGCAGCCGCCUACGCAACAGAUCCCGCAAUAUUUUCAAUCUCAAACUCAACCGAUAGUCACUCAGCAACAGCAACAGCAACCUCCGCAAGGGGGUCAAGGAUCUACGUUACCCUCCAAUUUGCAAGCCACUCAUCCUAACAAUUUAGGGCAGCCUCAGAGUAUGCCCCAAGGUUCUAUUCCUAUCAUAACUCAAACUAGUAAUAGCACAGUGACAUCACAGCAAAACAUUCCUCAUUCAAAUGAGGAAACAUAUGUGACGGUGAGCACGCAAAAUCAAUCCUUACCAGUGCAGAAUAUUUGUCAGCCGGUGCAGCAAACUUCAGUCUCGACCUCUCAGACACCGAAUAUUCUCGUAACGCAGCAUCAAUCGGACGCAGCUUCCUGUCAGCAACCUUUGCAAACGCAAAACCCGCAGAUGACCCAAAUUUCCGAGCCACUAACUGCCAUACAGGGGAUGCAAGGCAUGCAAAAUAUUCAUAAAGUUCCUCAGACGACGCAGCAAACCUCGUCGACGAUUCAUCCCUCUGGAGCGUCGGUGCAAUCUCAAGUGAUCGCAUCUUCGACUCAGCAGAUACAACCGCAGACAUCUAAUAGUACUGCCCCGGUGCAAAUUACACAAGUUACAACUGGUUGUCAAAAUGUCGUGAGUGGACUGCAGCAAGGAAACAUUACAUUUCAUCAAUCUGAUCCCGAACAAGAAUCUAUCUCUGGUAUAGUUGCUAAUGCUGCUACCAUACAGUCGGCCGACGCAACUCUUCUGGAAUCAUCAUUGGCUGAGGUGACACAAGGCAGCGAUGAGCAUCGUACUCUCGAAGAUAAUGAAAGGUAUUCAUGCAAAUGA